UUUCAUAAUAUUCAAACGAUGAAAAGUGUUUCUUCUGAAAUCUCUGAAACAACUGAUGUCACAAAAGUUACUGACACUGAAAUAGCUCAAGUCAUUGUAGUUAAUGAAGUUUCUGAAUCCAUUGAAGACAUUGUAACAAUGAUCCGAAACGUUUAUCUUCAUGAAGAAAAUG